UACACAUUAUUCCCUUUUUAGCUUUGUUCGGAAUAACUCCAAACAAUUGCUCACCGCAAAUGCUGACCAAUUUCCUCUCUUCCCUACAAAUGCCAAUCAAAAAUAAUAACAAUUUUAAUUCCAUGGGAAUUCCUCCUUUUGUAACAACUACAACAAUGAAUACACCUUUUCCAUUAAAAAAUCUUUCACCCCAAAAUCAAUUUAAUUUAAAUAAAAUAAACGAAAAUUUGUAUGAUAAAAAAGAAGACAAAAAGGAAUUGACGGGAAAUGAUUUAAUUAAUUUAAAAAAUCAGAAUGGGAGAAAAAAGAGAAAAUCUACGGAUGAGAAUAUAAUCGAGAAUUAUUCUCUUCAGAAAGAAAGUUUAAAAUCUUUUGGAAAAAGUGGAAAUAAUGGAAAAGAUGGAAAGAAUGAAGGUAGUUGUCGGGGUCGUUUUGGCGCCGGGCCGUUUUGGCGCGAGAACAAAAAAGUGGCACUUAGUCGAGACCUAAAUUUAUAA